UUUUUAUGUUGUUUGUUUCACCAAAGCGAUGGCAUGUGCACAGCAAGUGAGAACAUCUCAGAUCAGCAAGUGAUGGUCCUUAAAGAGGAGCGCAGCUGUCCUGGUGUCAUUCAGAUUCUUCAGUGGUAAAUAACGGCAGCUUGAUGAUCACUAACCAGAGCUGUUAAUCAGGGUCACCACAGUAACAAAUUAGAUAUUCAUUUUUUGCAAAUUAAACUGAGCUGACUGAUGUUAACGGCGUCAAUAUUUUUUUUUGUCCAAGUACACUAUCGGUCAAAUCCAGUUUUUUCAGUUUUUUGUUGAAAUUCAAGUAGUUCAAGUCCAAUGAAUAGCUUGAAAUGAUACAAAGGUAAGUGGUGAACUGUCAGAGGUUUACAAAAAAAAAUGUACAUUUCAGAAUGAUACAAAAAGGCCUUUCAGAAUACUGGGACAUUUUGAUGCAAAGAGCAAACCUCAACAAAAGCCAAUAUUUAAAUUGUGCUUAUUUUGUUGUUGUGGUUCAUUACUGUAUAAUUGUAGCUCUUAGUAAAGGCCAAAUGGAAGGUGGUACACUAAGCUAUCACCAGGUUUAAAUGAAGGAAGGGACAAUGGAAACAUGAUCAAGAAAUGUUAAUUUAAUUGUAUGCAAAUGCAUUUAUUGUCACUUCCAUCCUAAAAAUAUGUCUGCAGUUUCCAUUUAUUUACUUGUGUCAUUUUCUGUGCUUCAAAGCUGCGUAGUUUAUCACAACACUCUUGGACAGUACACACAGACUAAAAAUGUGAAAGCAUUUGGCUUUACAUGUGAUCAUGACUCUGGACACGCUAACCCAAGUACUGUAAUUUCCCUAUGUGGAAGCACGUUGGAGGAUGCUGCUGAUUGUUUUAAAAAUUCUUCCAGGAUGCAGGGAUGUUUCGAUGCCAUUCAGAAGAAAUAUCUGAGGACAGUUAUUAUGUCUAUUUAUACUGACCGAGAGAACCCUCAGAAAGUGACUGAGUUUUACCAGUUUAGGAUCCAGUACACUGAAAAAGGCGCGCAAAUGGAUUUUGAAAGCAACAACAACAACAACAACAACGAGGUGUCAUCAAUGCCGUGUGGAAGCACUAAGAAGGCCUGCAUCCUGCUGGUGAGGAAGCUCUACACUCUGAUGCAGAACUUGAAUCCACUGCCAGAUGUUGUCUCUCUCAACAUGAGGCUGGCGUACUAUGAUGAUGUCACUCCUCAUGACUACCAGCCUCCAGGCUUUAGAGAGGCUGACGGCGACACCAUGGAGUUUGAGCAGGAACCCGUCAAACUGACCAUGGGUGAGGUCGUCACCCCUUUCCACGGUAUGAGGCUGGACAUGGUCACAGAGAAAAGGAGACUGGAGCAGGUGGAGGAGAGUAUUCAUGUGACCAAGAAGUGGGUUCAGGAGAUAAACGAGGACGACAGCCUGAUGCAGAGUCAUGUGAUUGGAGAUGUGAAGAAGCCUGACAGCGAGAGCGCCGACCUGGACAACACUGAGAUCCAGAUGAGCUGCAGUGAGAAGCUCCAUACCUGUGAGUCAGUCAUGGAGAUGGACACUCUGGUGAAGAGGACGUCCAACAUGGAGGUGGGCUUCAAGAGGACCAGGAGUGGACGGAUCAUCAAGUCAACCACGGAGACAAGGAUGACUGAGAAGAGCAACAAAUCGACAGCUAUGAAGGAAAACAUGGUUUCUCAAUAUGACAUUCCCAGCAGCCAGGAAACGCCAUCCUCCUCUGCACCUAAGAAGAAACGCAAAUUCAGCGAGCCCAAAGAACGCUACUGACCUCACAUCCCACUGCGAACACAGCAGCAGCGCCUUUCUAUCGAUUUACAUUGGUGUUUUUGAAAUUUCACUUUUGAUCACAGGUUACACCGUUUCUCGUUUCUUUGAAGCGAAACUCACAUCUGUUUGAAGAUGUUUUAACUGCAUCUUGCGUUUGGCCUAACUGUAGUUGUGUUUAUUUUACAGUUAGAUGAAUGUCACACAUCUCAAAGAAAAGCUGCAUGUUGUAAAAUGUUGGAACACUAAUUUGCAAAAACGUGUUACUUUUCAGUGGUUAUCCUUGUUUUACUGUUAAUAUUCUCAGUUACUUGUGCAUAAAGCUGGACUGCAAGCUUCAAUAAAUAAAAAAUGCAUGCAAAGUCGCAUCUCUGUUUUCAGUAAUGUGUUAAUGGAAAGGAAUCUUGUAUAAAAGUGAAUUGAGAAAGUAGACAACAAAAUAGUGGAGGAUUUGGAGUCCUUUUGUUCAUUUUUGAAAACAGGUGAUAAUUGUGGAUUUUUACAUACAAUUGUUUUUUUUAUGAUAUGUCUGUGUUUAUAUAUUUGUGUGAUGUUCAGAUCAUAAAAAUAGCACCAUUUUCAUUAUGAA